GCGGCGGGGAGGGACCGGCCGCGCUGCCGCUCCGCUGCCGCCUUUCUUCUGCAAUUCACCCGCGGCUGGUGCCUUCUUCCCUUCCUUCCUUCCUUCCUUCUUCCUGGAUUAGGCAGCAAUCAAUCCUUCUCCCCGUUGUCUGUUUGAGGAACAGGCGAUCCUCGUUAGCGGCGAUCGGUUUCUGGAUGCGGCUCCCUCGUCUGCGUGUGAAGGAUGAUGAUACCGGGCAAGACUGAAUCAGCGUAACUUUUACUUGGCAAGAGGAAAAACUUUCUUCCCCGUUUGAAGGCGUUAAAAACACGUAGCGUUAAAAAGCAGAAGAAGUUGGUUUUAAAGCUGAACUUCACUUUCCUGGGAUUUGUGUGUCAGAUUCAAAGGCUGCGUCGUUUUGUUUUUCUUUUUUUUCCCUUCUCCCUUAUCUCCCAAAAGGAAACUGUUGUUAGUUGGCAUAGACUUUUUAAAUGUUUGGAAUUCAAGAUACUUUAGGAAGAGGACCAGUUCUUAAAGACAAAUCUCUAGGUUCUGAGAUGGAUUCCGUCAGGUCCUGGGUCAGAAACGUUGGGGUUGUGGAUGCAAACGUAGCAGCACAAAGCGGAGUAGCUUUGUCCAGAGCCCACUUUGAAAAACAGCCACCCUCCAACUUGAGGAAAUCCAAUUUCUUUCACUUUGUUCUGGCUCUCUACGACAGACAGGGGCAGCCCGUGGAAAUAGAGAGGACAGCUUUUGUGGACUUUGUAGAAAAUGAUAAAGAGCAAGGCAACGAGAAGACGAACAACGGCACACACUACAAACUCCAGCUCCUCUACAGCAACGGUGUCAGGACAGAGCAGGAUCUCUAUGUGAGGCUCAUUGAUUCUGUCACCAAGCAGCCUAUAACUUACGAAGGCCAGAAUAAGAACCCUGAGAUGUGCAGAGUGUUGCUCACCCACGAAGUAAUGUGCAGUCGGUGCUGUGAGAAGAAAAGUUGUGGCAACAGAAAUGAGACUCCAUCUGACCCUGUGAUCAUUGACAGAUUCUUCCUAAAAUUUUUUCUCAAGUGCAAUCAGAAUUGCUUGAAAACAGCAGGAAACCCAAGAGAUAUGAGACGGUUCCAGGUGGUGCUAUCGACAACGGUGAACGUGGAUGGGCACGUGCUGGCAGUGUCUGACAACAUGUUCGUGCACAACAACUCCAAGCACGGGCGGAGAGCAAGGAGACUCGACCCCUCGGAAGCCACGCCCUGCAUCAAAGCCAUCAGCCCAAGCGAGGGCUGGACCACGGGGGGAGCCAUGGUGAUCAUCAUCGGGGACAACUUCUUCGAUGGGCUGCAGGUGGUGUUUGGGACCAUGCUGGUGUGGAGUGAGCUGAUCACACCUCACGCCAUCCGCGUCCAGACGCCUCCCCGACACAUCCCCGGCGUGGUGGAGGUGACACUGUCCUACAAAUCCAAACAGUUCUGCAAAGGAGCACCAGGCAGGUUCAUUUACACAGCUUUAAAUGAACCUACCAUAGAUUACGGCUUCCAAAGGCUGCAGAAGGUCAUCCCAAGACAUCCUGGGGACCCUGAAAGAUUAGCUAAGGAGAUGCUGCUGAAAAGAGCUGCUGACCUGGUCGAGGCUCUGUACGGGACACCCCACAACAACCAGGAGCUGAUCCUGAAGCGCGCGGCCGACAUCGCCGAGGCGCUGUACAGCGUGCCCCGCAACCCCGCGCAGAUCCCCGCGCUGCCCAGCUCCCCUGCCCACAGCUCCAUGAUGGGCAUCAACUCCUACGGCAGCCAGCUGGGCGUCAGCAUCUCCGAGUCAGCGCAGGGCAACAACCAGGGUUACAUCCGUAACACCAGCAGCAUCUCCCCCCGGGGGUACUCGUCCAGCUCCACCCCGCAGCAGUCCAGCUACAGCACGUCCAGCAGCAGCAUGAACGGCUACAGCAACGUGCCCAUGGGCAACCUGGGCGUGCCCGGCUCGCCCGGCUUCAUCAAUGGCUCCCCGAGCGGCUCCCCCUACGGACUGAUGUCUUCAAGUCCAACAGUCGGCUCCUCCAGCACUUCUUCCAUCCUCCCGUUCUCCUCCUCGGUGUUCCCUGCAGUCAAACAGAAGAGUGCCUUUGCUCCUGUCAUCAGACCCCAGGGCUCCCCCUCCCCCGCCUGCUCCAGCGGCAACGGGAACGGCUUCCGAGCCAUGACUGGUCUUGUCAUUCCCCCGAUGUAAGGAAGGAGCAGCUUUGCUGCUCUCCCUCCCUCUUCCUUUUUUUCCUCCGUUUUUUUCAUUUUUCUUUUACAGCACAAAACUACUUAUUGUGAUGGACCACUAAAAAGAAAAAAAUAGCACUACAAGCUCUUUUUUGGGGAAAAGCCAGGCCCAGGAAAAAAAAAAAAAAGGAACAUUUUUAUGGAUUGGAUUAGAUAGAAGUCGGCAUCAUUUACCUGUUUCAUAUUUCUGACACAACCACAUCAACUCCUCAAACAUUGGGAAUGAAGAAUCAGCAAGAGCCAGGAUGAACAAGAGUUGGCAGAAUGGAAUUAGAAAUGCAAAGUCUUUCCUGGAAGACAUGAAAACCUUCCUAAGAUUUGUAAAAUAUUCAAAGGAAAAAAAGAAAUUGGCAAAAUGA